AUUCAAACACACUGAACUCCAUUAAAGGCUGAUAUUCUUCCUUCCUGCGUUCAGGUUCUCAAUUAACAUCCUCUUUCCGAAAUGGCGCUUUCAGAUGUCUUUCUCUUCGCCGGCGCUUUCCUGCUGACAGCGCUGGCUUUUUUUCUCGGUCGCAAACCUAACAUGCUACCGCCCGGCCCCAAGGGCUGGCCUGUAAUUGGGAAUAUCUUUGACAUGCCAACGAAAAGCAACUGGCUGACUUAUGCUGAAUGGGGAAGGAAGUAUGGCCCUAUAUGUUCUGUGAAUCUCAUGGGACAGCGCAUGAUUAUUGUUAACGACGCCAAAAUCCUUGCCGAACUUGACCGAAAAGGCGCCAUCUAUUCUGACAGACCCAGGCUAGAAAUGGCUGGUGAGCUUGUUGGAUAUGCGAAGACAGUCGUCCUCCUCCGGUAUAACACGAGCUUCCGCAAUUGCCGGAAGCACAUCUCGAAGAUGAUGGGCACUAUCAAUUCAAUUCAAAAGUAUCUUCCCAUGGAGGAGCACGAGACGCGGCGACUUUUAAAACGUGUUCUAGCCAACCCUGGGAACUUGAACGAGAGUCUGCGCAAAACUUCGGGAUCAAUCAUAUUGAAGGUCACAUAUGGCAUCGACGUACAAGAGGAGAACGAUCCGUUCGUGAAGCUCAUCGAAUCUUCAAACACGAACUUUGGUAUCGCUACAACACCAGGUACCUUCUUGGUCGAUAACUUCCCUGCACUCCGCCACCUACCAGAGAACUGGCCUGGUGCAGGGUUCAAACGUCUGGCGAAAAAGUGGGCCGAGAUAUUCGACAAUGUGAUUGAGGUUCCAUACGCAUUUACGAAGGGACAAAUGGAUGCAGGCAUCGCACCUCCCUCAUUCUUAUCAUCGGCUCUCGCGGAUGAAGAAGGUUUAUCACCUAGCAAACUUCUUGAUAUCAAGCACACGGCUGCGUCACUGUAUGGAGCCGGAGCAGAUACUACAGUCUCGGCUCAAUACGCCUUCUUUCUAGCCAUGAUCCUCUACCCUUAUGUACAGAAAAAGGCGCAAGCAGAAAUUGAUGCCGUAGUUGGAAGUGAUAGGCUACCAGGGUUUAUGGAUCGUGAAAAUCUGCCGUAUAUCAAUGCCAUUGUCUCGGAGGUUUUGCGAUGGAACAGUGUCGCGCCUAUCGGCUUCCCGCAUACGGCCAUGGAAGAUGGCAUCGUAGGAGGUUACUUCGUUCCCAAAGGCUCAAUUAUCAUCACGAAUCUUUGGCAAAUACUGCAUGACGCUGAAGUUUAUCCCGACCCAUUCACCUUUGAUCCGUCUCGAUUUAUAGCCUUUCCUGGAAAAGAGGUACAGCGUGAUCCCCGGCAUGCAUGCUUCGGUUAUGGGCGACGGUACUGUGCAGGAUCCCAUCUUGCUGAAGCUUCCCUGUUCAUAUGUUUCGCAAUGUCUCUCGCCGUCUUUGAUAUCACGAACGCUGUGGAAAACGGUGUUUCCGUUGUGCCUGUCUAUGAAAGUAUGUCAGGUAUUGUCAGCCAUCCAAAACCGUUCAAGUACUGCAUCAAGCCUCGAUCUGAAAGGGCUUCGGCUCUCGUUCUUGCUGACAAUUUCUAGGUCAUUAUCAUCAUUAAAUUUCUUCUCGUUAACUCGAUUUUUGUCAGUUGUACUGGAUAUAUGUAAUACGACUUCAUAGAGUCCUUCGGCAUUGGUA